AUGUCAUCCAAUGGCAAAGAAUCGCACGAUGUCCAAACCGAUGCGGUAGGCAUUGACAAUGAUUGUCAUGUCAAUGAGAAGAAAGGAACCGCCGCCGAUCGGGCAGAUAUGUACCGUAUGGGUAAAACUCAAGAAAUGAAGAGGAAUUUCCGAUUUUUGUCCAUCUUUGGGUUUUCCAUGAUUUUGAUGGCAUCAUGGGAAUUUUCUUUGAGUGUCUCAACCAUAGGGCUCCUUAAUGGUGGCACUGCCGGUUUGAUAUGGAUGUUCUUUAUAUGUUGGAUGGGGUUCAUACUGGUCAACACUUCGAUGGCCGAGAUGGCUUCAAUGGCACCCACGAGCGGAGGACAAUAUCAUUGGGUUUCUGAAUUCGCACCACCCCAGUACCAGAAGUUCAUAAGCUAUCUCAUGGGAUGGAUGUGUGUCCUCGGUUGGCAGACGUCAUGCGCUUCUUCGGCCUUCAUCGCGGGAACCCAGAUACAGGGCCUUAUUGUGCUCAACAACCCGAACUACGUCCCCGAACCAUGGCAUGGAACACUUCUCACUAUCGCAGUGGCUGCCUUUUCGGUUCUUUUCAACACUCUCCUAGCCAGGAAGCUGCCAUUGAUCGAAGCUAUCGUCCUAAUCAUUCACAUAUUUGCAUUCUUCGGCAUUCUAGUCACUCUGUGGGUUCUUUCACCCAGAGCUGAUGCUCACGCUGUCUUCACGACCUUCAGCGACGGCGGUGGUUGGAACAGCCUUGGUGGCUCAACACUAGUCGGUAUUCUUGCAGGUGUUUUGCCACUUCUCGGGGCAGAUGCCGCCGUCCACAUGUCAGAAGAGCUGCGCGACGCCAGCCGUACCCUGCCUCGCUCCAUGAUCAUGACAACCGUCUUCAACGGAGCUUUUGGGUGGAUAAUGGUUAUCACUUACUGCUUCUGCAUCGGCAAUCUCGAAGAGGUGAUCAUGUCUCCAACAGGCCAACCCUUUAUGCAGGUGUUCUACAACUCGACCCAGUCGGUAAGCAGUGCUACUGCCAUGGCUUUUUUUAUUGUCGCCAUGACUGCUUUCUCCAAUCUCACGAUGGUCGCCACAUCUUCGCGCCAGCUCUUUGCAUUCGCCCGCGACCAUGCUGUUCCUUUCAGUCCCUGGUUCUCUAGUGUCCCAGCAGGAUGGGAUGUCCCUAUUAAUGCCAUUCUAACAACCUUCCUAUUCUCAAGUCUUCUUUCCCUCAUCAAUAUUGGAUCGGCUGUCGCACUAAACUCCAUCACAUCCCUGGCAACAUCAGCGCUUCUUUCGAGCUACAUGGUGUCUAUUGGUUGCAUGAUCUGGCGUCGCUGCACCAACAGCCCACUCCUUCAGUCCAAGUUCAGCUUGGGUAAAUGGGGUCUGGCUAUAAAUAUUGCCUCCGAGGCUUUCCUUGUUGUUAUCUUCGUUCUCGCUUUCAUGCCUGGCAAUCCGAACCCCACAGCGGCUGAGAUGAACUGGAGUAUUCUGAUCUAUGGAGCUGUUGCAAUCUUUUCCUUGGUUUAUUAUGUUUUCCGUGGAACUCACCGUUACAAAGGCCCAGUGGCCUAUGUCCGGAAGCUAGACCAGUGA